AUGAUGAUGAACACCCACCACAACCACAACCACCACCAUCACCCACCGUCGGGCGGUGCCUCCGACGCAGCCGCAGCUCUAAAGGGCGCGAACCUCGCCUUCAACAAGACGAAACCGAAGCCCAUCCCGCCCCCAAAACCCACACCAAAUGCCAGCAACAUCACCCGUCGCCGCGGCGCGAGCCUCAUCGCCGCCUCCACCGCGUCAAACUACGACCGAAGCACGAGCACAAGCCCAAUACAGCGCCAGCACACGGGCGCGAGCCUGGCAACGACCCCAGGCGACAGCCGCUUCGGUCGCGAUGGCACAUCCGACAUGCGAGACCGUCUCUCCAAUUUCCUCGCCUCAAGUCCCGCAGCCUCGUCGACGACAUCCCACCUCACGCCGCACACGACGCGGCUCGACCCAAAAAGCCCGAGCUACAUCGCCGCCACGCUAGCCGCCUCGCGAAGCGCAUCGCCCAGUCCGCAGCCGCACGCAAGUCCCGCCGCAUCCGCGCUGACGCCCGCGCAGAUGAAUCAGUUACAGCAGAUGCAGCUGGCGAGGAGAAACAGGCGCGGCAGCGGCGGCGGGGAGACGGAGAGCGUGGUGAGCAGCCUGGAUUUGCCGGAUACGACAUCCAUCCCCGCCACGGGUCAUUUGAUAAGCAUGUUUGAGCGAGGGGGCGGGGAGGAUGUUGAUCCUGUGAAGAAGAGCGGCGGGGAUGUUGCGGCCAGGCCCAAGGUUCGGCCGUUGACGCCCGAGAGGGAGUUGAGUCUUGCCCGUGCCAAGGCGGCGAGGAUGGGUAUCGUUGAGGAGGAGGCCGGUGAAGGAGAGCGGAGGCCGGCAGUGCCGAGGACGACACCCAAGGUCAAGCCAAGGCCUGUUACGCCGAAUAUGGUUGUCGAAAAGGAGGAGGCCAGGGGGGAUGUCACGCCGCAGGCGAGGAAACCCACGCUCAAGUCGUCGCCUGCGAAACCUGUUCUGUCGCCGGCCAAGGCUGUGCACAGGCAGACUGUGUUGGAGCAUUUGCCGCGUGGCAGGGAGCCAGAGACCACUGUCAACAUGUCAUCCAACGCUUCAGAAGCCCCGGAAGUGCGGUCAAGGUCGGAGCUCACGAGGGUGCCUAUUACCCAAACGCUCAUGCCGGAGCCCAAGACCGCGCAGCCCCCUACGACGCCGGAACCAAGGAGGUCGCGGACCAAGGCCAAGCCGGUUGAACCUGUCUCGCCGCCCUUUGUCGGGAGAGACGACGGGAUCGCUUCCCCUGAGCUGAAGAGACCGGUGUCAAAGAGCAAGUUGCAGCCGCCCACACCACCUCAGCCGCGUGGUACGAAAUCAAAGGAGCGGGAGCCUCCUCCAUUGAAGAAGCCUCGGAGUAUGGCAUCGGUUUAUGGACAUGGUCACCUCCAGGAGCCGUUCCGUCGGCCAGAAUCUGGGCCAAGGCCGUCGACUGCUGAUACAAGCUCUUCUAACGACACGUUUGUUUCGGCAGAGUCAAACCAGACCGCCGUUCCCGAAUACGUGCCAUCUCGCUCGACGGCUCAUCAGACACACUCUACGCACAGCACCCCCGGCCGCUCAUCAGCAAACAGCUCACCAAGCCGAACAACUCCGCGUCGCACGCCCGCCUCGUCGACUACAAGUCUACCGCUGAAUUCUCUGUCCAACGCGAUCAUGGCCGGAUCCCUCGCCGCGGCCCGCUUGACACCCUCAAAUACGGGCAACUCUACGCUAUCUCCGCCCCAGUUACCUAACCGCACAAAGUCACCACGCAUGCGACAGACCCUCCGCCAGCCGCCGUCGAAGUCGGACGACGAGGACGAGAUCCGCAAGAAGAAGCACCAGCGCGCCAGCAACAAGCACUCCCACAAGGAGGGCGCGCGACGGCGAUGGCGAGACGAGAUUACGGUCCGCGAACGCAGGCGGUACGAGGCGGUGUGGGCGAGCAACCGCGGCGUGCUGCUCGUUGACUCUGCUUCAACCACGGGCUUGACGAUUCAAAGCCUCGGCGGCAGCCCGCUGCCUCAUGACGCAGCUGACUGCGUGGUGGACGUGGUGGCGCGCGAGGUCUGGCGGCGUUCGCGGCUGCCGCAGGAGGAGCUGGCUGAGGUGUGGGACGCCGUGGACCGGAGCCAUCGGGGGAUGCUGGGCAAGGCUGAGUUCGUGGUUGGGUUGUGGUUGAUUGAUCAGAGGUUGAGGGGGCGCAAGAUCCCUGCGAGGGUGAGUGCCAGUGUGUGGGAUAGCGCGCAGGGCGUCAAGGUGCUUUCGCCCAAGGUGAAAAAGUGA